CUCUACUGAUGUAUAAAAUCCCAGAUACUUCUUCUUCCUCGUCUAUUCACUCACUCUCUCUCUCUCUCUCUCUCUCUCUCCUCUUUAUCAGCGUCCCACGGAGAUAUUUCGCGACGCUAUGAAUCGCCUUCAAAGCCUCUUCAUGGAGUAUCCGAUUUUGGGUUCGAGAUCAUCGAUUCGACCUACGCAAACCCUAAAACGCCAUUCAAGAAGACCUCCGGCUUUGAAUUUGGGGAUGGUUCGUGCUGAUCUUCGAGCGAAUGUCGCCAAGAACGCUCAUUCUGGUUCUGCUGCCAGCACUGAGAAGAGUAGCUCUGAGGCUGAAGAUGUGAAAUCAACGAUAUAUAGCAGUAAUAUGACGGAAGCGAUGGGGGCAGUGUUGACAUAUAGGCAUGAACUUGGAAUGAACUACACUUUUAUUCGACCAGACUUGAUUGUCGGCUCUUGCUUACAGACCCCAUUAGAUGUCGACAAGCUUCAGAAGAUUGGAGUGAGAACCAUUUUUUGUUUGCAACAGAAUUCAGACCUUGAAUACUUUGGGGUUGAUAUUGGUGCCAUUCAAGAAUAUGCCCUGAAAUGCAAUGGCAUUGAGCAUUGCCGUGCUGAAAUCAGGGAUUUUGAUGCAUUUGAUUUGAGGAUGAGGCUUCCUGCUGUGGUAAGCAAAUUGCACAAGGUUGUUAACCGUAAUGGUGGUGUGACUUACAUACAUUGCACUGCUGGGCUGGGACGGGCCCCUGCUGUUGCGCUGGCAUAUAUGUUCUGGGUUCAAGGCUAUAAGCUUGGUGAAGCACAUCAGAUACUACUGAAUAAGCGUGCUUGUUUUCCAAAACUGGAAGCCAUCAAGAGUGCAACUGCUGAUAUACUUACAGGCCUAUCAAAGAAUCGCGUGACUCUAACAUGGAAAGAUGAUAGUUGCUCCUCAGUUGAAGUUUCUGGACUCGACAUUGGAUGGGGGCAGAGAAUUCCUUUGACAUUUGACAAGGAGCAAGGGUUAUGGAUUCUUGAGAGGGACCUACCUCAAGGACACUAUGAGUACAAGUAUAUUGUCGACGGAGUUUGGACAUGCAGCAAGUUAGAACCACUAACAAGCCCCAACAGUGAUGGGCAUGUUAACAACUAUGUCCAAGUUUUCAAUAACGAUUCAAGUGCUGAACUGCGAAACCGAUUAAUGGCCGAAGAUGUUGAUCUGACAAAGGGGGAGAGGGUGAUGGUUAGAGAAUAUUUAGAGCAACUACAGUGAGUAACAAAAGAUCAGAUCAUGGAGCAAAUGAUCGCACUUUAAAUGCAGAGGCGCUUUAAGGAUCACUGAUCAUUGAGCAUGGUAUGUAUAAUAUUUGUAUAGAGAUAUAGAAGUAAGUUAUUAUUCGUAAGCUGUAAUAGAAAUAAGUUAUUAUGUGCCUGCAACAUUCUACUAUCUACUUGCAUGUGCUAUUGUUGGAUCGACUCCAAUCCUGGGUUGGUGUAAUUCACAGUUUGAGACAUUCGCCACAUUUUCAUGAAUCAAAGUAUCCAGUCAUUUAAUAUACCUUUUUUUUUACGAAA